ACGUUUACUUGACGUGUUCUUCAAUCAAGAGACAAGAUGACUGGUCGUGGAAAGGGAGGAAAGGGACUAGGAAAAGGAGGAGCCAAGCGCCAUCGCAAAGUUCUUCGUGAUAACAUCCAGGGAAUCACCAAGCCAGCUAUCCGUCGUCUCGCUCGUCGAGGUGGUGUCAAACGUAUUUCUGGUUUGAUCUACGAAGAAACUCGUGGUGUCCUCAAGGUUUUCCUUGAAAACGUCAUCCGUGAUGCAGUCACCUACACUGAACACGCCAAAAGGAAGACAGUUACAGCCAUGGAUGUCGUCUACGCUCUGAAACGUCAAGGCCGUACUCUCUACGGAUUUGGAGGCUAAACUCGCUACUGAAUGGAAUAAAAAAAAAUCGGCCCUUUUCAGGGCCACCAAAUAUUUCUUACGAAGCAGUACAAUAUUCGCUAAUUAUAAAUUCCAUUUUUUAAACAAUCAUAGAUUGUAAAAAAAUUACUCUUAAAAUUAUUAACAUUUUUAUAUACGCUAUUGUAUUUACUGGAAUACAAAAAAUAUCGGACAUUCGUUUACGGCGAACGUCGCGAAAAAAUCAAACCUGAAAUUAAUUAUCAAUAACUAAUAACAAUCUUUUACGAAUUAAAUUGUUCUCAUAUUUUA